CGGUGGGGCCGGCCUCACAGUGCGGCCAUGGCUCCCCGGACGAGCACGCAGGUGAUCAACGCGCCGCCCCUGGCGGUCCCGGGCGGCCCGGGCCACGGCGCCGAGCAGGGCCCCAAGAAGAAGGCCGCCAAGGGCUGGAACCCGACCACCCUGACGUGGUCGGAGAACUACAGCGAGGGCAUGGAGAAGGCCUGGGCACAGGUGCCCGGCACCCUCAAGAAGGUCGUCGUCACCCUGGCCGUCUUCACCAUGGGCCUCGCCAUGAGCGGUGACUGGUUGGUGAUCCUGGUGCACCUGCGGCGGCAGCUCGGCCUGAGCACGGUCCCGGACGAGGGCCUGCCCACCGCGACCACGCUCCGCGUCUUCCUCGAGACGCGCUUCAAGGACUUCGGGAGCUUCUGGAUCUGGUCCACCAUCGUCUCGUACGGACUGUACUUCGGCAUCGGCGGCUUCCUGCAUUGGUACUUCUACGUGCGUCAGCGCGAGAGCGCCAAGGAGUGGAAGUGCCAGCCCAACUCGUGGCUCAGCACCGACCUCGAGCUGCACGAGAUCAAGGUGGGCUCGCUGUCGCUGCUCGUCACUGGGACCUUCUCCUCCAUCCUGGCCUGCUGGAUCGCCAACGGCGGCUGGAGCUCCGUCUACUACGAGUGGGACGCGUACGGUGCGGCCUGGUUCUUCCUCCAGGUCCCCGUCAUCUUCAUCUACCAGGACUACGUGACGUACCUGCUGCACCGCGCCUACCACACGCCCUGGCUGUACAAGCACUUCCACAAGCUGCACCACACGUACAAGCACCCCACCGCCUUCUCCGUCACCGCCAUCCACCCGGUCGAGGUCCUGCACAUCCAGAUGACGCUGUGCUUGCCCUUGUUCGCCUUCCCCGUGCAUUGGGCCCCGUUCUACGCGAUCGUGAUGUACACUUACUACCACGGCAUCAUUGACCACUCGGGCAUCAACUUCAAGGCCCACUGGUGGCAGCCCUGGCAGCCGGACGCCAUCUUCCACGACAACCACCACCAGUACUUCCACGUCAACUUCGGCUUCAACUGCUGGAUGUGGGAUAAGCUGCACGGCACGUACCGGCGCAAGGACCGCGUGUACACCGAGGAGACGUUCUACGGGCGCGGCAAGGCCGUCGCCGAGGCCACCCAGGAGGAGAUCGCCCAGGACAUGAAGGAGAGGACCUCGGAGAACCCCAAGGCGUACCGCAACGAGCACAUGGAGUUCGCCCUCUCCGCGGAGGACGUGAAGAGCAUGAAGCAGAAGAGCAACUGACUUGGCUGCUCGCCACUCGUGCAGUGAUUGUAGACAGUAUGUGACAUCGCCAAAACCAAAUACUUUUAUGUUUCGCACUCGCAUUUGAACAGAAAUAAAAGAGUGUGUUUUUUUUUUU